UCAGCCUUCUGCAACGCUCCAAGGCCCGCACAAACCCCUCAAAUCUAUCACGCCGUCCUCCAAUGCAUCCACGCUCUUUCCAUUCCCGUUCGCCUCGGCGUGGAAUACGUCGCGAGGACACAGACCUUGACAUGGAGCACGAUCCAUUCCCUCUCUAACCUGGAAUGCGCCUUGUUCCUGUGUAAAUGGCUCGAGAAGCUCGCGUCGUGCCCGACAGAUAUUCAUCAAGAUACACUGCGCCUUCUAAGGAUUAUUACUAGUGUACUGCAGGAAGCAGACCUGGCACCGCCGGGUGACCGGGCCGAUGAAUUUGGCGCCGAACAAUUACGGCGGAUGGGUGCGAUGCUGGUGCGAUUAUUGUCGGAGAUACUGAAGGGCGGCCAUGUUUUUGAAAUGAUGCAGGUGUUUUGUGACUCUCUUCGGACUUACGCCAAUUUGCUCGAGAAU